GAAAAUGGAGAAAGAGAGCCUCAAAAGGACCCACUGUGGAAAGUUUUCCAUUACCACCCAUGUAAAAACACCGCACCAAGAUUCACCUCUCAGCACUGGAUUACAGAGUAACAAAUGUGAGGACAGUGGCAGUAAGAGUCAGAUCUCCCAGAGAUUCUGCAGCAAAGAACAACCAAAAGAAUUUCAUUAUAGAUAUGACACUCCAGGGCAGGAUGACUUAAAUCACAAUGGACGAUAUACAUCUGCUCAGUCCCUCUUCUUACAUGGAAAUAAAAUGUCUUCAUCUUCUUGUUCAACAUCAAAGUCGACAUGUUCCCAAAGAGUAAACUCAGAAUCCUUUCAAGAUGAGCAAGAUACCACGACAGGAAAGACUUACCUGAUCUGUAACACAGACCCUGCAACACCCUCAGUCCACCUCCGUUUCCUCAGGAUUCCUGGAAUCCAAUCCUUGUGUGACGGGAAUAGCAUGGAAGAAACGGAAUCUAAGAUUUUAAACUCGGCUUUGGAUCAUGCCUUAAAGACAGCAACCACAUUGAAAAAAACCACUGACCAAAUGAUUAAAUCCAUUGGAGAAGACCUCGCCAAAGCACAGCGAUGGAGGCACCAACUAAAACACUGCUAGCGCCAGGCAAGGGACCAAGGGUUAAAAUGUUUGGUCUUCUUCUCCAAAGUAUUUUACUUAAGGCACAAUGUAGGAAAAUGGCCCUCUAGAGAAAACACUAAAACUGUGAGAAUGAACCACACCAAGUGAUUAAAUGAAACAAAACAAAAACAAAAAACAAACAGCCCUCUGGCAUUUAUGUAUUUAUGUGAAAUAAAUCUAUGUUCUUCCUAAUUCACAAUAAAAUAACAACAAUAAAACAAA